AUGCCCUUCAGAAAGAUAUUUCGGAUGACUACGUUCUUAAGAGAGAUUAUGUUGCAAGCUGCAGAAACACGAAAGAUGUUUCAAUCGAGUGCUCAAUUGGAUGGGUUCGACAUCGACUUAGGCCAAGCAUCGCACGCUCAAUGGAUGCCUUCUAAUGUCACUCUAAGAAAGUGGAAUAUGUUUGAGGACGUGCCAUCCGACCUCAUCGAUGUUAAGUAUGAAUACCCUUUGGUUUCAAACCGUGCUGUCCUAAAUUUAUCUUUUCCUGUAGAGCCCGGAGGUUAUCUGCAAUGGGACGAAGUUGACCAAAUGGGUAAACAAAUUGUCAAGGUUUCAAAGGAAACUAGAUCAGACGGGAUCAAUAAAAUGUUUCGUGUUGAUAUCCCAGAAGGAGUAAAAGGUUCUGACGAUUGGCAAAGAGAUCUUUCGAGCAUGCUCGCAUCCGAAGGAUUUAAUUCCGUUCAGCGAUAUCAGUUCGACCCACCAGCAACGACUGUCCGCUAUUGGCAUGAUAUCCUUGCCUGGGAUGAGUUCUUGACAAAUACACUUGGACCCAAAGCCCAACAGGCUUUGGUAGUAGCUGAUGAAGGAUCGCAUGAGGCCCGGAAUGGGGCUGCAAUUUCGAUGCCAAUCCUAGUUUGGGUAGCUCAAGCAUGUUAA